GUUUUCUCUCUGUGUUUCGCGCCUUGGACCUUAUAAACAUUUGACGACUUCCAUAACCAGGUCUUAUUCACUCCAGCUGUACCACACUUUAAUACCUAAUUAAUUAUGGAUUUGCCUGAAAAAUAUCAUUAACAAAAACAAAAACAAUCAGUAUAUAUAACUAAUUAAGAACUUGGCCGUCUUCAACGAGCAGAAACAAAAUGAAUUUGGAGUGCAUAUCCAGAAAAUGCAUAAAGCCAUCAUCACCAACGCCUCCAAACCUUCAAAUCUUCAACAUGUCUCUUCUGGACCAGCUUUCCCCUAACAUCCAUGGCAACAUCACCUUCUUCUACCCUCACAAAACUUCUGCUCAGGAAUUCUCCGCCAAAUCCACCAUCCACUGCAACGACCAAGGAGCCUUCUUCAUCCAAUCACGAACCCAAACACCUCUCUCUCAGAUCCUCUCCCCCCCUAACUUCGAUAUCAUCCAGAAUCUUCUCCCUACCACCCACUCCGACUCCUUGCUCCUUGUCCGCUUUACCUUGUUCGGUUGCGGCGCCACCGCCAUCACCAUCUCCCUUACUCACAAGAUCGCUGACUUCGCAGCCUUGAUCACUCUCCUCAAGGCAUGGACCGCCGCCUGCAUUGGCGGAGACACCCAGCCGGUGGUCCCCGAACUCGCCAUCGGAUCUGCUCUCUUCCCUCCGAGAGAGAUUCUUCCCGCCGGGAUAUCAGGCUCCGUGAACAUCGCGGCGGAGAAGUUCACGACGAGGAGGCUGAUUUUCGAGUCUUCGAAGGUAGAAGAGCUGAAGAAGAGGGUGAAAAGCGAGCUUCAGUUUGAGGCGUCGAGGGUUGAGGUGGUGCUUGGUCUCAUUUGGAGAUGCGCAUUGUUAACUACUUCAAAACGUAAAACGCCUUCAACCUUGUUCCAGGCAGUGAACCUGCGACGACGAAUGGAACCUCCGAUUCCAGAGACGGCGUUGGGGAACUUGGUGUGGGCGUUUGCAGUGACUGUGGAGGAGGAGUGUGAGGUAGAGUUGCAGGUGGUAGUAAAGAAGAUGAGGGAUUCUUUGAAGGAAUUCAUGGAGAGGAAAGGCGAAAGGUUGAAUAAUUCAGAAGGUAGGUGUGAGGUGGUGAUGGAGGAUUUGAAGGAGAGGGGUGAGAUGUUGAAGAAGAGUGGUAAUGUGGUGUAUAAGUGUUCGAGUUGGUGCAAAGUUGGAUCAUCACUGUAUGAGGUUGAUUUUGGGUGGGGGAAGCCGCUUUGGAUGUGCAGCGUGAACAACAUAGUGAGUAACACCGUUGCUUUGAUGGAUACAAGGGAUGGGCAUGGCGUCGAAGCUUUUGUCACCUUGGAUCAUCAACACAUGGAUUCCUUUCAACAAUCUCAGGAACUCCUUCACUAUGCUUUGCUUAAUCCCCCUCUUCUGUAAUCAUGCCUCUAUCCCAAGUUUAAAAUAAUAUGAUGAACAAAUCAAAGAUGUUAUUUUCGUACUAAAA